GGAGCGUGCGCUCGCCACACGUGUGACCCUGCAUCUCCUGCCCCACAGCCUGGGCUCGCUCCUGUGUACGCAGGGUUACACGUCUGACCGAAGCUGCAGAUUGGAUAUCGGGAAACAAAUUUGGGUGUGAAAUCUUCAGCGAAGGAGCAGAGUCCAUGAUGGCUCAGACCGAGUGAGCGAGACAGAGGCAGAGCGAGGACGCCCCUGCGCCCGCCCGGACUCGCGGACUCGCGCCUGCUCCCGCUCCCCGCGAUCGUCUCUCGCAGACUUUUCCCGGGUCUUGAGCGAUCCGGUGCUCAGCGGGCCCAAGCUGCUCAAGCCCGCGAUGAAGAAAAGUCCGGGUCUCUCUGACUCUCUUUGGGCCUGGACCCUCCUUCUGAGCACACUGACUGGAAGAAGCUCUGCACAGCCUUCAGUACAAGAUGAACUUAAAGACAACACCACUGUCUUCACCAGGAUUUUGGACCGACUCCUAGAUGGCUAUGACAAUCGCCUAAGGCCAGGACUGGGAGAGCGUGUAACAGAGGUGAAGACUGACAUCUUCGUCACGAGCUUCGGACCAGUUUCAGACCAUGAUAUGGAGUAUACAAUAGAUGUAUUUUUCCGUCAAAGUUGGAAAGAUGAAAGAUUAAAAUUUAAAGGACCCAUGACAGUUCUCCGGCUAAACAAUCUAAUGGCGAGUAAGAUCUGGACUCCAGACACCUUUUUUCACAAUGGCAAGAAGUCUGUGGCUCAUAACAUGACAAUGCCCAAUAAGUUGCUGCGGAUCACGGAGGACGGCACCUUGCUCUACACCAUGAGACUAACGGUGAGAGCCGAAUGCCCAAUGCACUUGGAGGACUUCCCUAUGGAUGCCCACGCCUGCCCGCUAAAAUUUGGAAGCUAUGCUUACACAAGAGCAGAAGUUGUUUAUGAGUGGACUCGAGAGCCAGCACGCUCAGUGGUUGUAGCGGAAGAUGGGUCACGCUUAAACCAAUAUGAUCUUCUUGGACAAACAGUAGACUCUGGGAUUGUGCAGUCCAGCACAGGAGAGUACGUUGUUAUGACUACUCACUUCCACUUGAAGAGGAAGAUUGGCUAUUUUGUGAUUCAAACAUAUCUGCCUUGCAUAAUGACGGUUAUUCUCUCACAAGUUUCCUUCUGGCUCAACAGAGAGUCUGUACCAGCGAGAACUGUCUUUGGAGUGACAACUGUACUGACCAUGACAACUUUAAGUAUAAGUGCCAGAAAUUCCCUUCCCAAGGUGGCUUACGCAACAGCUAUGGAUUGGUUCAUUGCAGUGUGCUACGCCUUUGUGUUCUCUGCUUUGAUUGAGUUUGCCACAGUAAAUUAUUUCACCAAGAGAGGCUACGCAUGGGAUGGCAAAAGCGUGGUUCCAGAAAAGCCAAAGAAAGUAAAAGAUCCUCUCAUUAAGAAAAACAACACUUACGCUCCAACAGCCACCAGCUAUACCCCUAAUUUGGCCAGAGGUGACCCCGGUUUAGCUACCAUUGCUAAAAGCGCAACAAUAGAACCAAAAGAAGUCAAGCCUGAAACAAAACCACCAGAGCCCAAGAAAACCUUUAACAGUGUCAGCAAAAUUGACCGACUGUCAAGAAUAGCCUUCCCGUUGCUAUUUGGAAUCUUUAACUUAGUCUAUUGGGCGACGUAUUUAAACAGAGAGCCUCAGCUAAAAGCCCCUACACCCCACCAAUAGGUUCUUUUACUCACAUUCUGUUGUUCAGUCCUCUGCACUGGGAAUUGCUUUCUGUUCUCAACACAGUAAUUCCCAUCUUCUUUAGAGCCUCUGUCUUAAAGAAUCUGAAGGUUUCCUUAUUUCCAUAAUUCAUACAAGAUCAAAAGACCCCUGUCUGGCAGCUGAGGGCAGAGCAGGGUACGCAGCUUGGAAACAGGAUUCUGAGAAGGGAAGCAAGACAGCAGAAUGAUGUCAGAAGGAGAUAGACAGACAAGAGAGGAAAGGAGGGAAAAGAAGAUCCAAAGAUGUGAGGAAACGUAGAAAAAUACGGAGAAAAGUAGUUUAAUACAACCCCUAGGUCUUUUGUAGAUAUAUAUUUCCAAAUAUUCUAAAAGAGAUACUGUAUAUGUCAAAAUAUUUUUGUGUGAAGGUGUUUAAAAGAAUAAA